GGCUCUCUCAGUUUCUCUGCCAAUCAGACUCAGUAGUUCAAUCUUUCAUUCUCACUCAUUCUUCUGAACGCAUCGCUUUAGGGUUUUGUUUCACUUUACUUCCUCUUCCAGCAGAAAUGGAAACGGAGGAGUCAUGUCGCGUGGUUCCCUUUCAGCUCCAGUUCGAUAAACCCCUCCCUUCUCACGUUACAAUGGCGGAGUGGAAUCCCGAGAAGGACCUCCUCGCCAUGGUUACCCACGACUCCAAGAUCUUGCUCCACCGUUUCAAUUGGCAGCGCCUUUGGACCAUUUCCCCGGGAAAGUCCAUAACCUCCCUCUGUUGGCGUCCUGACGGCAAAGCCAUAGCUGUUGGACUUGACGAUGGAACUUUGUCACUCCAUGAUGUUGAAAAUGGAAAGUUGUUAAGAAGCUUAAAAUCGCAUUGUUCUGCUAUUAUAUGUCUCAACUGGGAGGAGGACAAUCACCUAGUUAGGGACGACUGCAGUCACACUUCAAAAUACGAAGAUAGAACCUCGCGUUUCUUUCCUCCUGCUCCAAAAGCUCCUCGGAUGCCUGGACUAGUAUCAGGAGAUAACGGCUUCAUGGAUGAUGGUGAAGAAUCAUUUCAGGAGUUAUCAAAUUCUUCUCUCCAGCGUUUCAACAUUCUAUGCAGUGGUGAUAAAGACGGAAAUAUUUGUUUUAGCAUAUUUGGUAUAUUCCCUAUAUCGAAAAUUAACAUAUAUGAUCUUACUUUUCCACUUUCCCGCGAGGGUGCAGAAACUACUUACAAACUUUUAAAUGCUUCUAUACACAAGGUGGCCUUAUCAAAAGAUCUUUGUAGAUUGAUAGUCAUGUGCUCAGGAGACCUUGUUGUGGUUGGUGAUGAAUUGAAGGAUGUUCACUUGGCUGGGCACAAUGAGCAUGGCCUGCAUUGCCUAGCACUUAAAACAUCUAUAUUCUGUGACAGGAAAAAUGAGCUUCAUCAAGUAGCUCAACAGGCUUCUAGCAUUGAGGAUUUGACUGAGGUUGUCCGAACAUCAUUAUCAGUCAUGUGUAGGCAAUGGUCUGAUGCGAUGCACACAUUUCAGGAGAAGUUCAGCUCUUUGUCUACUCUGAUUAUAGAUCAUGGAAUUGAUUCCUCUCCUCAAGAGGAGUUUCUGAGUCUUUUGGGUGGUGCAAGGACUAGUCCACCAGUUCAUCAAUUCCUUGUUAACACUCUUAGUGAAGUGGGUGUCAAGCGCAUUUCGAAGGUUAUCUGUGGUGCUGGCAAAGAACUCCAAAGUAUUGUCUUGGACCACCUCCAGCCUGCUGCGGAAGUCAUUGGAUUCAGAAUGGGAGAACUAAGAGGGCUUUCAAGAUGGCGUGCACGUUAUCAUGGCAUUGGCUUGGAUGAGUCACUUGUUAACAACGCAACAGAAAAGGCUGGUAUGCUACUUGUUCAAGUUGAACGAUUUAUGAGGGUUCUUUCAUCUGUCUUGCAGCAGUAUGCAAAUUUCUUCAACUGGCUCUUUAAAUGUAUAAAAUUGCUCAUGUCAGAACCAAGUGACCAGCUUCUACCAUAUAACAGCGAACUUAUUGUUAUAUUCCUGAAGUUUUUAUAUGAACAAGAUCCAGUUAAACAAUUGCUGGAAAUAUCAGAUGCAGACUAUGAUAUCGAAAUUGAUGUGGAAACAAUGCAAAGAAUUCGGGAAUUAGUUCAGUUUGGAGGAUUUUCUGACACUGAAUAUCUAAGAAGAACAUUGGCAAAAGAAUUCCAGCAGAUGGAAAUAAGCUUCAGAGAGGCUUUUGAAAUGCCUUUUAUUACGGUCUCAAGAAAAAUAUUAUGCGAGGAUUUUCUGCCGUUGUGUCCUCUUCCUUCUCUAUCAAAAGCACCUUCAUCCAUGAGAAUUCCCACUUCAGUAUCAUAUUAUGAGGUAUUUAUCUAAUCUUCAAUACGUCAGUCCCAGUUGUUGGGGCUUUUUAUGUUAUAUUUGUAUUUGUAUUUGAAUUUCAUCUCAGUUCUCUAAUUUGACAGAUAUCAAUGUGUGGAUCUGUCUUUGUAUAAGGAUAGUCAAAUUGUCAUGCUACUAAACAGAGCUACAAAGAGAUCAGAAAGCGCUGUAGAUGGCUGUAUGAUGAUUAUGCACGCAAGUGAUCUACCAUAUGUCUCUAUAUCAAGAUCUGCUUGUACAGACAACUGGACAUUGCAAGAACUGAAGGAUUCUGUGGCCCACUUGAACAUAGGGGACGAGAAAGCCCGCACCAUUCCGCAUUCUGUAACUGCUCCCUUGGCAGUUAGUGGUGAGUACUCUCUUCUCUGGGCAUCAAGAGGCGUGGCUUGUGUAUUUGCUGCGAGAAAGCGUGCCCUGGUCUACAUUUUGGAGGAAGAUGAGGAUGAAGUCUCAGAUGCAGAAUAA